AUGCUGGAGGCCCUUGUUAAUAUCUCUAUGAAUGGUCCAGAGGCAAAUUCUUCAGAAUGUGACACCCUGGUGAAGAAGACCACUGAGAAAUGGCUCUCUGGAAAACGCUACAAUUUGGCCAAAGGGAAGUCAGCCUCAAGAGAAAGCAAGGGCAAAGAACCUGCACCACCAGAAUUAACAAGUGUAUCAACACAGACGGACCCACAAGUUGAAGAUCGUCAGAGUCAAGAAGAACAACAAGCGUUGCAAGAGGAAGAGCAGGCCCUCAUUAAACUUGGCUUAGCAAAUUUUCAAGAUGAUCCAAGUUGUGACGACAGUGACAGGGACAGUGCAAUGGGGGAAAGUGAUUUCAGUGACAGUGACUUUUAA